AUCAAACGCACUCAUUCACAAUUUUGUUUUGACCAACGUAGUCCAUGGUCACUCCUGUAAAGGUGUUCGUGACUGUCCACCCAAACCGCUCAGAAUUAUUUUGUGAAUUUGCCUCAAAACAUUAACAGUGUCAAUGGCAGCUGCAGGUGUUAGGAUUCCACCCUUGACAUCCACUUCCAACCCACCUCCACUUUUCGAUGGAACUACAAGGCUGUACAUCAGUUAUACAUGCCCGUAUGCACAACGAGUAUGGAUUGCCUUCAAUUUUAAGGGACUACAAGACAAGAUCGAACUGGUUCCUAUCGAUCUUCUGAAUAGGCCUACCUGGUAUAAGGAGAAAGUCUACCCUGAAAAUAAGGUGCCAUCCUUGGAGCACAAUGGCAAGGUCAUGGGAGAAAGCCUUGACUUGAUCAAAUAUGUUGAUGCCAACUUCGAAGGGCCAUCUCUAGUUUCCACUGACCCUGCAAAGAAAGAAUACGGGGAGCAAUUGAUAUCUCACAUUGAUUCCUUGAUGAAAGAUAUCUACGCCUCGUUCAAAGAAGAAGAUCCUAUGCAGCAGGCUGGUCCUUCUUUUGAUUAUUUGGAGAAUGCUCUCGGGAAAUUUGAUGACGGACCCUUUUUUCUUGGCCAAUUUGGUUUGGUGGAUGCUGCCUUUGCUCCAUUUGUUGAAAGGUUACAAAUUACCUUUUCUGAGGUGUAUAAGAAUGACAUCGUAUCUGGGAGGCCAAAACUAGCAACAUAUAUUGAGGAGCUGAAUAAACUUGAUGCUUAUAAGAUCACCAAAGUUGAUCCUCAGGAGUUUGUCGAAAUUUUCAAAAAAUGGUUUUUGGCCCAACAAUGAGCAUUUGAUGAGAAUGGAUAUAUCAUAUAUCAGAUAGUGAAUAAAGGGACAAGCGGAUGGAUGCAAUGUUCAUGCAGUGUAAUAUUUUGUGAUCAAGGGAGUGUGUAAUAAACUAGCUAUAAUUGAAAUUAGCUUGAUUUUAUAAUAAUAAUAAUAUAGGUACCAGCUUGUCAUAGCGUUGUGCAAUCCUGAGUAUAUGACAAUGAUAUCUUUUGUUAAGGUUUUAUCAAGAUCCUGUGUGUAAAAGUAGAAACCAAGUUACUCUAAAGAGAUACAGUCAUUGAAUGUUUUGUUUCU